GUGAUGCACAGGAAGUGGCGUCGCGCAGGCGGGUCCUGGCUGUGGAGGGCGUCGCGAUGGGCGGGGCGGGCCGUCUGUGGUCCGCUGGGAGCCGCGCGUCUCCCUCAGUUUUGCAGAACACUGGUAACUAUGGACUCUAACAUGGACUUCAUUUAAAGAAACCCACAGACCAUUGAUGGACAAAAACAUGAAUCAGUUUGUAUGGUGGCAUUCAAAUCCUAGCAGUUUGGGAGAGGUUUUGGAACCCUCUCUUACAUCAGAACUGUGUUCUACCACUCCUCUGAGUGUCAUCUCAGGACCCUGGCCACACCCAUGGCACUAUGGCCAGCCCUCAGGAGCGCCUGAGCUGCUCCUCUUCUCCACACCAAUCCUCGAGUGAGCAGAAAAGCCUCAGCGGACUACAAGAUGAACUCACAGCCAUGGGGAACCACCCUUCGCCCAGGCUGCCAGAGGACCAGCAGGAGAAAGGGGUGGUGCAGACAGAGCUGCUGGACAGCAUGAACAGCCCCAUCACUACAACAGUAUUGACCAGCGUAAGUGAGGAUUCCAGGGACCAAUUUGAGAACAGUGUUCUUCAGCUAAGGGAACAAGAUGAACCAGAGGUGGCCAUGUCUCAGGGGAACGGCCAUGCUGUGGAUGGAGAGAGCACAGGCGGGACCGAAGAUGUCAAGAUUCAGUUUAGCCGGUCAGGCAGUGGCAGCGGUGGGUUUCUCGAAGGACUGUUUGGAUGCUUGAGGCCUGUGUGGAAUAUCAUCGGGAAGGCAUAUUCCACUGAUUACAAACUACAACAGCAAGACACUUGGGAAGUGCCCUUCGAGGAGAUCUCAGAGCUACAGUGGCUGGGCAGUGGAGCCCAAGGAGCUGUCUUCUUGGGCAAGUUUCGAGCAGAGGAGGUGGCCAUCAAGAAAGUGAGAGAACAGAAUGAGACGGAUAUCAAGCAUUUGAGGAAGUUGAAGCACCCUAACAUCAUCGCAUUCAAGGGUGUUUGUACUCAGGCCCCGUGUUAUUGUAUCAUCAUGGAAUACUGUGCUCAUGGCCAACUCUAUGAGGUUUUGCGCGCUGGCAGGAAGAUCACCCCUCGAUUGCUAGUAGACUGGUCCACAGGAAUUGCAAGUGGAAUGAAUUAUUUGCAUCUCCAUAAAAUUAUUCACCGUGAUCUCAAAUCGCCAAAUGUCUUAGUGACUCACACAGAUGCAGUAAAAAUUUCAGAUUUUGGUACAUCCAAGGAACUCAGUGAUAAAAGUACCAAGAUGUCCUUUGCUGGCACCGUUGCUUGGAUGGCGCCAGAGGUCAUACGGAAUGAGCCUGUCUCAGAGAAGGUUGACAUAUGGUCUUUUGGAGUGGUGCUUUGGGAGCUGCUAACAGGAGAGAUCCCUUACAAAGAUGUUGAUUCUUCAGCCAUCAUUUGGGGUGUUGGAAGCAAUAGCCUGCACCUUCCAGUUCCUUCCACCUGCCCUGAUGGUUUCAAAAUCCUUAUGAAACAGACAUGGCAAAGUAAACCUCGCAACCGACCUUCUUUUCGGCAGACACUCAUGCAUUUAGACAUUGCCUCUGCAGAUGUUCUUGCCACCCCACAGGAAACUUACUUCAAGUCUCAGGCUGAAUGGAGAGAAGAAGUGAAAAAACACUUUGAAAAGAUCAAAAGUGAAGGAACGUGCAUACACCGAUUGGAUGAAGAACUGAUUCGAAGGCGCAGGGAAGAGCUCAGGCAUGCUCUGGACAUCCGCGAGCACUACGAGAGGAAGCUGGAGCGGGCCAAUAACCUCUACAUGGAGCUGAGUGCCAUCAUGCUGCAGCUGGAGAUGCGGGAGAAGGAGCUCAUCAGGCGUGAGCAGGCAGUGGAAAAGAAGUAUCCUGGGACCUACAAACGACACCCCGUCCGCCCCAUAAUCCACCCCAAUGCCAUGGAGAAGCUCAUGAAGAGGAAAGGUGUGCCUCACAAACCUGGCAUGCAGACCAAACGGCCAGAUCUGCUGCGAUCUGAAGGUAUCCCCAGUGCUGAAGCAGCUCCUACUGCAUCGCCCUUAUCCGGGAGUCCCAAAAUGUCCACCUCAAGCAGCAAGAGCCGAUAUCGGAGCAAACCACGGCACCGCCGGGGAAACAGCCGAGGCAGCCACAGUGACUUCACAGGCAUCCUGAAAAACCAGCCAGCCCAGGAAAACUGCCCCCAUCCCACCUCCCUGCCACAAGAUGGAUCCCAGCAGCCCUCUGUCCAUCCCCACCCUCCUCUGCAGCAGCAAUACCAGCAACCCCUUCCUACUUUGUCUCAGAGUUCCCACCCCAGGCUCAAUAUGCACGGACAGGACAUUGCAACCUGUGCCAACAACCUGAGGUAUUUCGGCCCAGCAGCAGCCCUGCGCAGCCCCCUCAGCAACCAUGCUCAAAGGCAGCUGCCUGGCUCCAGCCCUGACCUCAUCUCCACCGCCAUGGCAGCAGAUUGUUGGAGAAGUUCUGAGCCUGGCUGUUGGCAGGCUGACCCUUAUGACCCUUGCCUCCAGUGCCGGCCUGAACAGUGUGGGUCUUUAGACACACAUACUACCGAUCCUGUGGGGAGGAGCCCCAACCUUCCCAAGUCACCAGCACACAAUCCCCUCUCGGAAAAUGUCCAGGAUCCUGAGAAAAUAGAGGAAAAGGAAUUUGAUGGCUGUGGGUCAGCCUCAUCUCUUGGCACCCCUCAUCACAUGACCCCCCCAGUGCUACCUCGAAAAACAAGACCGCUACAAAAGAGUGGGGAUGACUCCUCAGAAGAGGAAGGGGAAGUAGACAGUGAAGUUGAAUUUCCACGAAGACAGAGGCCACACCGCUGCAUCAGCAGCUGCCAGUCCUAUUCGACCUUCAGCUCGGAGAACUUUUCGGUAUCUGACGGCGAGGAGGGGAACACCAGCGACCACUCCAACAGUGCUGAGGAGUUGGCACAAAGGCUGGAGGACCGCCUGGCCGAACAGCUGGAUGAUCUGCUGUCCCAGACGCCUGAGAUCCCCAUCGACAUCUCCUCACACUCGGACGGCCUCUCAGACAAAGAGUGCGCCGUGCGCCGCGUCAAGACGCAGAUGUCUCUGGGCAAACUAUGUGCCGAAGACCGCGGCUAUGAGAACCCGAUGCAGUUUGAAGAUUCAGAGUGCGACUCUUCGGAUGGGGAGUGCUCAGACGCCACAGUGAGAACCAACAAACACUACAGCUCCGCCACUUGGUAAUGAAGGAAUCCCAACCCGAGGAGCUCAAGAGUCACGAGAAGCUGGACACUUGUGGCAUUCCACACCACCCCCUUGCUCCUGCCCAUCCCACACCCCUCCCAUGCUCUCCCCCACUGCCCCUCUGGAAAGGGAACUACCCCGUCUCCUCCACCCCUAGAAACGAGCUGCAAUAACAGGAACAUGAGACUUCGCAAAUCUCUGAAGAAAACUACCCAAAUGAAAUUUAAGUCUCACUGAACAUUUCAAUCAAGAAUGGCAGGGAUCUAUUUUAUUGAAUAAUCUAGCUACUGUAACAUUGAUAUUUAUUUUUGUUUGACAUUUUAACACUUUAUACUGUAAAGAGUGAACUAUAUAUGAUAAGAGAGACCCAAUAAUUUCUUGAAAGAGAGCAAGAGAAAUAGGAAACAGUGAAAAGAAGUGGAAUUUAGGAACAACAUCAUUUGGAACUUGUGGGGCUGGGAGGUACCAUCGCUGCUUGAACAGGGGACCAGUUCUCAGCCGUGACUUGAGGAAGAGCCAGAACCACAGCAAGACACCUUGAGCCUUUUAGAGUGUGAUAAGCAGCCAAAAGAGAGGCAAUUCCAGCUAACUUGAGAACAUGCAGUCCAAACAGCUUAUCCAGGAGGAUGAUGGAAAGAACCUAGAGAAGGCUGGUGAACAGAUACGCCCCCAAGGUCUUUGAAGGUGUGUGCUUCCUUCUGGCGGAAACAGACUGUGCAUAUGUGGAAGCUGAUUGCAUUUUCAACUUUUGAAAGCAGUACUUGGUAGUAAGGCUUACAGCUAAUCCUUGGCAAAUAUUCCCCUUGUUAAUGCUGUCAUUGUCACCAUCUUGACCAAUGUGUUAUCUUGACCAAAUGUGUUGAUCUUGUAGAUUGAAGUGCCACUUUCCUGUAGCUUACUUCCUUUCUAUCUGUUUACCCACUUUUCCUCAGUAAAAAGGAUCCAAGGUUUCUGAGGAACAGAAAAAGAGUUAGGAGAAGAGAAGAUUUGCAACAGUGUUAGAAAAGCAACAGUAGAAUUUGUAGAAGUACAUUCUCAGGAGGGCUUGGUGCUGUCUGCUGGAGUCACUCUCAUCCGAGCAGAACAGUCUCUGAAGGCAGCUAGGAUGUCUCUGCCCCAUCCCAAAUCAUCCCUUUGUUUUACUCAUUAACUCAUCCUAUCCUGAAGCUUUAGUGACUAACCUCCACAGUCAGAAUAAAGGCAUGAUAAGCAAUUGACAAAAGGCACCCAUCCCCUUUGCCAGCACCAUAGCAUUUUUGUUAAGUAUCACUACGUGUGAAAUCCAUUUCCCUUCACUCUGAAUCGAUGCAGUUUUGAAUAACUGGAUUUGGGAAUUAUCAGAACUGAUGCUAAGCAGCAAUUGCAAGGACUUUACAUUGUCCCAAGCACAAGUCAUCCCAGAAAAGCAUCCCAAGGUAUCCCAUGGCUCCUUGGCUACAAGGAAAGCUGCAUCUGAAAUUUUAGGUACAAACACACAUGGACCUCGGUGAUGUCUCUAAGACAGGUUAACUGUAAGACAGCCUUUCUAGACUGGUUACACCCUGACAGUGCAUCACGCUGGACAUUAGGGAAGACUUGCACAUUCAGGGACUGACCAUUUCCAAUGCAAGUGAACAGAUUGUCCCUCCUCCGGGUUACACUGACUGCAUCAGCCAAAAAGGAAAGGCAGGAGGGAGUGGAGAGCAGUUCCUCUUGCCUGUCUGAUCCCUCCAUUUGUUUACACUUUAUGUUGAGACGUUGAUUUAGAAUGUAGUGUCUAUAAUUUAGUAGCAUCUAGGUAGGAUGAAGGAAAAUGUUUAACUUAUACAGAGGACAGUAUUGUUUGCAUUAAAUUAUUCCAUUUUAUAUCAAUUCUGUAGCUGGACUACAUGAAUGAUCUUAAGUUAUGGCAUUAUUAUUGUUAUUUUAUAUUAUCAAGUCUCAUUUUCUGUCGAUCAGAAGGUGUGUGGUUUAUGAUAUAACACAAUGAUUGUGUUGAUUGCUAACCAUGAAUUACUGCAGAUGUUAUGAUUUUAAUGAGGAAAUGCAAACGGAACUGCCAUUCGGGAGCUCUCUGGUAUGCAUCUUAGCUGUAUUCCCGAAUUUUCCGUGUCCAACAACAAUCAUCUGAGGAUGUGUGUGUGCCGCCCCUAAGCCCAAUGAACAUAGUGUGAUUUUUGUCUUGAUCAUGAGAAAGCUCCUAAGUGGGCAAAUGACUGAGUGGAUGGGCAAGUAGUUCAAAAGCUGUAAACUUCCCCAAGUUUCUUAAGAAUAAAAUCCUGGGACUGCA